UCCUUUCCAACUGCGCAUGCGUAGAAGUUGCACGUGCAUUCACGUGAGCUGGUGGGUGUAACUUGAUAAAUUUGAAAUUUGAAUAUUUCAAAAUGGCUACCAAUGAGAAAGCAGUAAUGAAAGAAGAGAAAGAUCCUUCAAAACUGACAAUAAAGAAAGAGCCAGAUCAAGGAGAGAACAAGAAAAGAAACAGAACUAGAGGGAAAGCUGUAAAGAAUGACAAAACUGAAAUGAAACCAAUCACUCAAUACUUUCCUUUAAGAAGAAGUACAAGACGUGUUAAAUCAUUAAUGGAAGAAGAGAAGACGAGCGAAAUUAUAAGAAAACUUGAGCAUAAAAUAGAAGACGGACUCAAAGUAAUAGAGACUGAUGGGAAAGGUAGAGGUGUUGUAGCAACAAGAACGUUUCACAAAGACGAGUUGAUUUGUGAGUACUCAGGAGAGCUGAUAUCAUACAGAGAGGCAGUUCAAAGGGAACAGGAAUACUCCAAAGACUCGGGCAUUGGCUGCUACAUGUAUUACUUUGAAUUUCAAUCUAAGAAACUGUGUGUUGAUGCUACUACAGAUAACAAGAGGAUGGGAAGAUUAGUCAACCAUUCAAAAACUAAACCGAAUGUCAUUACGAAACUAAUCCCAGUUGAAGAUCAUCCUUACCUGUGCCUAAUGGCUGCCAGGACAGUUUCUCCUGGUGAAGAACUAGUCUAUGAUUAUGGGGAAAGGAAGAAGGAUAUCAUUAAACAUCAUCAAUGGCUGACAAGCUAAACUAUAUAAAUUAUAUGAGAUAGGGUCAUAGUACAAAUUUUUAUGAAUACUACUGAAGUACUGAUAGAGUAUAACUUUUUUCUUUUGUU